GCAUCUUCUUCAGCUACUUUAAGGCUUACCUCCCUAAUUCUUUUUCGUCUUCAGGAACACGCACAAAAAGACGAAGACGAUUUCCAAGAUAGAUGAGUCAUCCUCAUCUCAUCUAUAUCUUCUAAAGUUUCUCUAUGACAGGCUUAAAGCGUUAUUUUAGCAACGCGUUAUAAAUGCAUGCUGGCUGGAUUCUAGUACUGCUCUAUUACAAUUCUGUUCUAUAACGUGUUGCUAAAAUAACGCGUUAAGGCUGCCAUAAUAUUCUCAUCUAACUACUAUCGACAACAGUUCUGAAGGAGGUGCGUCAUCCUUCCUCAUGGGUGGUGUGAUGCAGUCAGUGGCUGACGCGGCAGCCUACACAGGAGAGCAGAUUAUCAAAGCCACAUUCUCACCUUCCAUGCUUAUCAUGUUAAGGCUACUUUUUCACUAUGACUUACUAUUCCGUGUGCUUGUGUAGGAAGCAUGCUGACUGGCGUCCCUCUUAAUUUCCUCAACGAAGACGGAGAUCAAAGGGGAAAUCGAAGAACGGAAGGCGGUGCAUCUCACUUCUCAACCAGGUUGGAGGUGCUAGUGAAAAACUAGGUCUAGGACUAGCGUUAAUCUUGGCAGCAAGCUUCGUUUUGUCAGCACUUGCUCAUAUGGG